ACUCAAUUAGUCAAUUAGUGGUUUGUGACAGUGACUGUUUUAUCAAAUUGUGUCCGAAAUUCAGAUGCAACAUGCCAAGGAAAAGGCGUUCGACGGAAACGGAUUCUGACGAAGACUUCGAUGACGCGAGACACCCGCAGCGAAACGCCGCUAACGCGAGGGAGCGGGCUCGCAUGAGGGUGCUAAGCAAGGCGUUUUGCCGACUGAAAACCACCCUUCCCUGGGUGCCCGCUGAUACCAAACUGUCCAAAUUAGAUACUUUAAGAUUAGCCACUAGUUACAUCGCUCAUCUCAGAGCUGUGUUAAUGGACCAGCCGGUUCCAAGCGAGCAGUUGCACAAACACCCUCUAACACUAACAUGGCCCUUCAGUUUUCAACGUCCCGACUCCUCGACAGAUGUGAGUGGCGAAAGAGACCCGCAACCGUGGGGAGAUGUUCCUAUCCAGCCUGUCGUCAGGGAUAAAGACAUAUCCUAUUACUACUAAUUUAUUUGGAUGGUUCUUGCUACUGCGACUGCAUAUAGGAAGAGAGCGAUUAUGCCCGACAAAUUAAAGAACUUUCUUUAAAUUUAUGAACGCUAUUUAUUUUGCGGAUAAGUGGUGUCAAUAUUGGGCACACAUGAUAUUUUCGACGUCUUAUUUAUUAUUAGUUGUAAGGGUGUUUGCAUGUCAUUAGGGUUGAUCCACUUCUUUCUUUUUGGUUUUAACUGGCCAUAGAAUGUAAACGUUUGGUAAAGAUGACAGGGUCAGAAUAUGGACCCACAAACAAAUUGUAUUUGCGUACAAAUAAUACACAUUGCAACUGGUAGCGUGGUAUGAAUAUAUCAUGUGCCUAUGCACGUGUAGUGCCGUUAGUAAAGAACAAGAUUGACGAAAUCACAGCAUAUAUUGACAUGAAAAUGCAACGUUCUGUCGUUUUUUUUUUUGACAAUCCAAAGCUGUUGUAGCCUAAAUAUCUUCACAAUGUUCAUUUUAUUAUUCAUAUCAGGUAACACUUCUUCAAAUUUGACAAAAUAUUUACGGUUACAUUCACAUUUAGACUAUAACUUAAACUGACCUUUCAAGUACUGUAAUUAUUGUGGAAAUUACACAUUUUACAUGUUACGUAUCAUUAUUGUUUAUAAAUAAUAUUGAGCUACUAUUUAUGUCAAAACAAACAUCUGUAGUUCCUUACAAACUAGACAAAAUUGAGCACAUCGUA